CCAAUCUGUCAAUCACUGGUCGGAGAUCUUUGAUGUUGGGAGUCCUCGCCUUGUUUCGAGCUCAAAUGCGCUAUUUGUUGCUGCGGAGCAACAUUACUUUCAACUUGCAGGGCCGCUCCACAGCAGAGCAACUUUUGUUUUGUUUUAUACUUUGGCCGUAUCUGAGCGCAACAAUUUAGGGAGGUUUAGGUUAAUAGGAAGUUUCCUUGAUUUUUUCAAAGGAGCACUCGGCUGAUUAGGGUAAUUUUCAAAGCAACAUGCCUCAGCUCAGUAGUGGCGGAGGAGAUGAUCAAGGAGCAAACGAUGAAAUGAUAUCCUUCAAGGAUGAAGGCGAACAAGAUGAGAAAAUUCAAGAAAACGCUUUCACAGAAAGGGACUUAGCUGACCUCAAGUCGUCUCUGGUUAAUGAAUCGGAGACAAGUUCGAACGCAACGGCGGUCAGACGAGGUCAGCAAAACGAACAUAGAGGUUAUCAAGAGAAACACCGGGAGCACCUCGACAGCGUGUCCAAACAUCAAGAUGGAGGAAUGUAUAAAACAGCGUAUCCAGGGUACCCGUUUCUCAUGCUGCCUGACCCAUACAUCCCCAACGGAUCAGUGUCACCAUCUUCCAACAAAGUUUCAGUGGUCCAACAGUCUCACGGGAUGCACCCCCUGACGUCCCUCCUGCCCUACAGCAACGACCACUUCAACCCCAGCCCCCCUCACCUGCCCACAGACAUGAGUCAGAAAGGCGUUCACAGGCCCCAGUCCCAGGACAUCUCAGGUUUCUACUCCCUACCCCCUGGCGGUGUAGGACAGAUGCCCCCCUCCAUGGGCUGGCAAAGUCAGCCUGUCUAUCCCCUGUCCUCAUGUGGAUUCAGACAGCCCUACUCCUCCAGUCUCCCCAACAGCUCUUCCUACCCCAGGUUCUCUCACUCUCUGAUGCUGGGGCCAGGCUUGCACCCCACGGGGAUCCCCCACCCAGCCAUCAUGCCCCCUUCAGGCAAACUGGACCAUCAUGACCAUUACGACAGGAACAUGUACGCUAAGCCUCACCAGGAGCCCAAGCGGGAGAAGGAGCCCAAGAAGCCGGUGAUCAAGAAGCCUCUGAAUGCUUUCAUGCUGUACAUGAAGGAGAUGAGGGCCAAGGUGAUCGCUGAGUGCACACUGAAGGAGAGCGCUGCCAUCAACCAGAUACUGGGCCGAAGGUGGCACGCCCUGACCCGGGAGGAGCAGGCCAAGUACUAUGAGCUGGCCAGGAAGGAGCGGCAGCUACACAUGCAACUCUACCCCAGCUGGUCCGCCAGAGACAACUACGAUGCAGGCCUUAGAGGGUGCGCGGGGGAAAAGAGUAAAGCUGAUUGGGGCAAGAAGAAGAGAAGAAAAAGAGAGAAGCAGCAGGACUCCUCAGCAGACCCUGGCUCUCCUAAGAAAUGCAGAGCUCGCUUCGGCCUCAACCAACAAACGGACUGGUGCGGUCCCUGCAGGAGGAAAAAGAAGUGCAUUCGAUACCUUCAAGGAGGAUGGUGCACCAGCCCCACUUCUUCCGAUGGAAGCGCUAUAGACUCGCCCCUCUCCCCCGUUGACGGCAUCCCCCCUCAGCACCCCAGCUCCCCUUUGCCUGCUUCCCCCUUGCACCCCCAGCCCAGCAAACACACACACCUUAUCCUCUCAAAAUCCAAGACCACAGAACUGUCUUUCAAAGCUUUAAUAGAAUCAUCCCAACAGCACGACAAUAUCCAUCAUCAUCAUCAUGACUGUACCCUGCCCAAGUCUCACUAGCCAACUGCCUCACCUGCCCUGUCCCCUCUUACACUGCCUCCCACCAUUCCAACACACACAGACACAACCCAACCCAAUCAGGACCAGACCUGGAGUGGAGAGCAACACACUGAAGACAGACUUUCACCAGAAAUAUCCCAAAACAACAAGGGAGCCAACGAGUCUGGGAGGAUCAAGGAUGACAUUCACAUCAAUAUGACUGACUGACACCUGACUGAUUUAUGAAGUGCUCAUGUCAUUUUCACAUUGCUGUACUGAAGGCAGUACUGUAUGUACAGGGAUGAUUGCUUCUAUUCAAACUGCCUCAAGUCAAAUUGAUUCCUUUUCCAAAGAUUUUUACAGAGUACUGUGCUCCUCCUUUUCAUAAGACUUACAUUCAGAUGUGUCAAAUGAACCUUUUCCAACAUAUAGUAUUUAUAUUGAUUAACAAUGUGGUAUAAGGUUGAAACUAUAAGGUAGAAAUGAUAUUUUCUCGCUGAGUAAACAUGUUAUUGUCUCCCCUUGGAGAGAAUCAUCUCUAUGUUAUAUUCAUUUGUUUUAGGCACUUCCUGCUUGUCAGUUAAAUUCUUGAUAGAUACAUUAUUUUGAUGUAGAUUUCUCACACAGAAUUAAGACAUUCUUGGUGUUUGUUCAUAUGGAUGCACAGAGUUUGGAAGAUGAAUUUGUUUGCUGGUGUCAAAAAGCCUCCAUUAUAUAAAAAACCAAGGCAACAGUAAACAUGUCAUCCCCCAUGAAUGAUUCAGUGCCCCCCCCCCCAGUUAGUGACAACAAUUGGAACCUAUUUUCUGUGUAUUCAUUUUUUUAAGUAAUAAUUAUCCUUCGCUGUAUGUAAUGGACCGAGAUUACAGGUUCUAAUGGGAAACGUGUUGGUCAUAAGGAGAUGCAUAUAUGUAAAAAAAAAAAAAUACAAUGAAAAAAAGCAAUGACUGUGGUUCAAACAGGACAGAUGCUUGUUUAAAGUAAUGACUGUGGCUCAAACAGGACAGGACAUAUGCUUGUUUAAAGUAAUGACUGUGGCUCAAACAGGACAGGACAUAUGCUUGUUUAAAGUAAUGACUGUGGCUCAAACAGGACAGGACAUAUGCUUGUUUAAAGUAAUGACUGUGGCUCAAACAGGACAGGACAUAUGCUUGUUUAAAGUUCGGAAAUUUACUAUAGGGGCCCCCUUGGGCCAAUCUGUGUCAUUUUGUAAAUGCCAGAUCUCUAUGGCAAGACACAUCAUUCACCCAAGUUCUGUAAAAAUCGAGCCAGUGGUGUCAGAUAUCGCGGGACUAACGUACAGAUGUAGACAACGCCAGAUAGAUUUCAUCAAGGGGGACAAUACAUUCAGCAGUCUCUGGACUGCCUCACACUGAAUGAACAUUCUGCUAUUCUGUAAACUAAAGACCAAAUGGGUACCAUAUUUCAUUGUGUUGUAAAGUUUUAUAAAUGUUGAAUUCCCUUUAUAAAUAAACUUUUAUAUGUUAUGUAAAGGGUUUUAAAAAGUUCUGUUUAGUCUCUCUUAACCAUUUCUGAAGCAAUACAUGUUUUUUUUACGUUUUCCUUCUCAGAGAAAACGCAUUUUGUGGAUAAGUUUUGCAUUAGCUUUGCCUUUCAUUGAAGUUACCACAGAUGUCAUUUUCAAUGUGUGCAUGUUCCACCUAAGUGUACCAAAAAUACAUGUGAAAAAAACAAUGGUUAAUUUACUGCUUGCAAGCAUUAAACUCUGCUUACAUUGGAGAUACUAUAGGCUGAUAGUCCAUCAGAAGAUGCUAAAGCUACCACACAGCUUAGAUUUGGGGACAACACAGCUCAUAUCAAAAAAAAUUACCACACGAAAAAGUAGUGUACUAUUUUUUUUUUUUUUACACAUUGAACAACUUCUGCUCUCAAUGUAAUACUCAUUUUUUGUUUUGUGUAUUAAAGUAAUUUCAAAAUCUG